AUGAUAGCUCGAUAUGCCACGGACUACCUACAUGUAUCAACUUACUGCAACGGCGGUGACCUGGCAGAUUAUUUACAAGCGAAUCGUCUGCUCAGCGAGGGCACCAUUCGACUGUUCCUGAAGCAGCUAGCAGAGGCCAUGCGAGCCAUCCACGCUAAGGGCAUCGUGCAUCGCGAUCUGAAACCUCAGAAUAUUCUACUCACACACAGUGUUGCUCCUCCCCGUACGCCGCAUGCGUCCGAGAUAACGCUCAAGAUAGCUGACUUCGGCUUCGCAAGGUUCCUCGAGGAAGGAAACAUGGCCGUCACGCUCUGUGGCUCUCCGAUGUAUAUGGCGCCCGAAGUUAUAAUGUCACUUAAAUAUGACGCUAAAGCGGAUCUCUGGAGCUUAGGGACGAUAGUAUACCAAUGCUUGACUGGGAAAGCCCCCUUCCAGGCCACAACGCCUCAUGAACUGAAAGCCUUCUACGAAAAUAGUGUGGACUUGCAGCCCAAAAUGCCAGCCGGUACAAGUCCCGAACUGUGCAGCUUACUGAUCGGCCUAUUGCGACGAAAUCCGCGUGAGCGCAUGCCAUUCGAAACUUUCUUCAACCAUCCGUUCCUACAGCGACCGCGGACUACCUCUAUUACCAGGCCGAGUAUUAACCCAACUGCGAUGCCGACGAUGGGCUCGGGAGGGCCAAGCGCGGCUGGUAGUGGGGUCAAUGUACCACAGCGAAACACUCCCACAGCACGCGUCAUCAAUCCUACUUUACAACCCUUGCCAACGCUUCAGACACAUAAGAAGUCACAGCCGACAUCCUCCGCCGAGUCGUCAGACACGACAUGGGCGGGCGAGGACGACUUUGUGCUGGUAGAAGCUACCGAAAGUGGAUCUGCGGAAUACUCAGAAACUUCAUCUGGUUCCGAGGCAGCGCCCAGGCCGCGCUCGCUAGCGCUGGCGGGCGCCUCGCCGCAGCAGCCCACCGCCCCGCCUGCGCACACGCAACUCGCCGCCCGGCAGGACGCCGCCCCGCCCCCUGCUAACACCUAUACUAGGAAUCCCCUGGCUGUAACUUCUAAUAAUAACGUACCACGAUCACAACCCAUCGACGUGCUUCGAUCGAACUACAGUCGUAAUGCGACCAACAUCGGCUCCUUAUCGCCACCGACUGUGCCGUUUACAAUGACGCCCCCGUCGACACGACGCCGCAGCAGCAACUCUGGCAGCUCUCCCCCGCCUUCGCUGUGGCAGGUCUCGCCCACGAACGCCAGUCCACUUCGUAGAUCAGUGACGGAUCUGAUAUGGGCAGGUUCGUCCCCGCCCGUGUCGCUGGCGCUGAAGGCGAGCGGCGAGGCGGGCGCGUGCGGCGCGGCGGGCGCCUCGCCCAAGCGCGCCGACGCGCUGCUGCGCGGCCUCAAGCUGCACGCGCCCGACCCGCCCGUCUACAUCCCCAACCUGCAGGAGGAGACCAUCCUGGCCGAGGAGCACAGCAAAGUAUUCUCCCAAUUAAACUUUGUGCUGAUGCUGGCGGAACUGCUGUCCGAUCUCGCGGUCUCCUGCGGAGCGCCCAUCGCGGCUCUCAUGGACACGUCAGACGAGCGCGGCACGUCGGCGGUGCGGCUGGGGCUGCUGGUGCAGGCCAUGCAGGCGCUGGCGGCCGGCCUGCGCCUCGCCGCCGCGCACUACCGCGACCGCACGCUGCAGCCCACGCCGCAAGUGCGCAACGUCGUGUCACUGAUGAACGGAAAGUACAAGUGGAUCGUGAACGAGUCCCGGAGACUCCACGAGGCCGGCGUCAUCCCCGCCACCUGUGACAAAAUCCUCUAUGAACAUGCUAUCGAACUGUGUCAGAUGGCGGCCAUAGAGGAAUUAUUUGGUGAUAUGAAAGAGUGCGAGCGGCGCUACAUGUCGGCGCAAGUGUUGUUACACUCGCUCGUGCAGCGACACCCACUACAUCCGCAACACAGGACCACACUCUCCAAGUAUCGAGAUGCAGUACAAAGGCGGCUCAACUGCCUCAAAGGACCGCGCAAAAUAAUGGACGUAAAGCUUGAGGCUGGGAUCUCAUAA